CCAGAACUGUUCAGCAUAUCUCCUACUGCCACAGCCAUGGCCGGCGACUAUCUUAACCUGGAACCAACGAGAAUUUUUGGUGGCGAGUACAUCAGCGAGUCCUCCCCCUCCCCUUCAGAACCUGCUGACCCAGUAGACGGAGUAGACGAACUUGACUCCCAAGGAGGUAACCGAGACGGCCGCUGGGUCCGACUGACUCCUCCCAUCAAGGAAGAGCCUGGAAAGCUAAAAGACGAUCAACCCACUGAAGAACCUGCUCCAGCAGAAAACAGUGGUCACACCCCUCUGGACAUGGUUCACCACCUGAUCCAUCGCCCUGUCAUCAAAUACAAGACGAAGACUCUCUGGGUGACCAAGGUAGAGAAGGUGCUGGACACCCGGGUCACUGCUACGAUGGAGGCGAAGAAUUGUGUCCCUGUGAACUCACACUUUCCAUUCUGCGAACAUCAUGAAGUUGAACACCAUCACGGGUACCACCAUCAUGGGUACCAUCAUCAUGGGCUCCACGGAGGAUUCCACAUCGGUGGAGUGUUGUCCACGAACAAAGUGGACGGUGGAGUUGAUGGGGACGCAGAAGAGUCUGAAUCUCAAGCAGUCGUCGUAGAAGCGCCCGCGGAGGUGGAAUCCGAGAAGCUAGAAGACAUUGAAAGUCAAGUGGUGGAAACUACGGAGAGGGAGGUUGAAGUGGAGGAUGACAGAGUUGAAGAGUCCAAUGCAGAACAAGUUGCGGAGUAGAGU